UCAACCAGGUCGGACCCCGCCACUUAUACCGCGGCCCGGCGGGGCUGGCGGCGCGCAGUGUGGUGUGCGGGCGGAGCAAGCAUGUCUGGCAGAGGCAAGGGCGGGAAGGGGCUCGGCAAGGGGGGCGCCAAGCGGCACCGCAAGGUGCUGCGCGACAACAUCCAGGGCAUCACCAAGCCGGCUAUCCGGCGCCUGGCGCGGCGCGGCGGCGUCAAGCGCAUCUCGGGGCUCAUCUACGAGGAGACGCGCGGCGUGCUCAAGGUCUUCCUGGAGAACGUGAUCCGCGACGCCGUCACCUACACCGAGCACGCCAAGCGCAAGACGGUCACGGCCAUGGACGUGGUCUACGCCCUCAAGCGCCAGGGACGCACCCUCUACGGCUUCGGCGGCUAAACUCUCUUCUCAUACCAUACACUCUUAAACAAAGGCUCUUUUCAGAGCCGCCCA